AUGUUGUCCCUGCGGACAUAUUUCAGCCUCUCUUCACUUUGGAUAGAAUUGGUUGUCUCUGGUACAAUUGGCAUGGCUGCCCUUUCCUGUUUAACAGCCGGAGCCCUGGCUGAUUAUUUUGGCCGGGUGCGUACCAUUUUGUUAUCCUGUGCAAUAUUUACAAUUGGUGCUUUCAUCAUGGCAUUUUCUCAGAGCAAGGAGAUCUUACUACUUGGUCGUAUAACUGUUGGUGCAGCGAUUGGUUUAUCUUCAGUGGUAGUUCCUGUAUAUAUUGCCGAAAUCGGGCCAAGCAACAUCCGGGGAAUAUUGGUUACUGUCAACCAGCUUUUUAUUACUAUUGGCAUCGUCUUUGCGAAUCUGAUUGCUGCUUUAUUUAGUUAUAUGGAAAAGGACGGUUGGAGGUAUAUGUUGGGUUUGGCAGCAGUUCCAUCUCUUAUCCAGUUCUUUGCCUUUUUCUUCCUGCCAGAAAGCCCCCGUUGGCUAGUUGCAAAUGGCCGGUCAGAAGAUGCUCGGGCAGUAUUGGCUAAAAUACGUCCGACUGACACAACUGUAGAAAAAGAACUUUAUGGAAUUAAAACUUUGAUAGAAACUGUUUCUUUAAACAAGGCAAAAUGCAGUACAUUGAAGCAGAUCUUUGAGACAAAACAUGUUCGAAAGGCAUUGAUGGUGGGAUGUGGAAUGCAACUAUUUCAACAAUUUGGUGGAAUCAAUACAAUCAUAUAUUACAGUGCCACUAUAGUGAAGAUGGCUGGAAUAGCUGAUAACUCAAAUGCUAUUUGGUGUUCAACUGCAGUUGCUGUAGUCAACAUGUUUUUUACAAUCAUUGGUCUGUUACUGGUGGAACGGAGUGGUCGCAAAUGUCUCAGCAUUGGCAGUAUACUUGGAAUGAUGUUUAGUUGCAUGACCCUGGCCAUUGGCUUCCAGUUGACAAACACAAGCAAACUUCCAGUUACGUUUUGGCAACCAGCUGUGAAAAAUAUGUCCCUGCACUGUGAAAAUUAUAGGUUUUGUGGUGAGUGCGUGACAGAUAUGCACUGUGGAUAUUGCUACUCAGCUGCUGGACCCAUUGGUACAAACAGUUCAUGCCUGCCUUACUUAAGCAAAUCAGUACACAAUUUCUGCAAUACAAGUCACCUCACCAAAGGCUUGCUUGCCCAGAAUUACUGCCCCAGCAAUUUUGCUUGGAUUCCUGUUCUUGGUCUUGCACUGUACGUCAUGUUUUUUGCCCCAGGAAUGGGACCCAUGCCUUGGGUUGUCAACUCUGAGAUCUAUCCAAUGUGGGCACGAGCCACAUGUAAUUCAAUGUCUGUUGGUGUUAAUUGGAUCAGUAACUUAGUGAUAGCCAUGACAUUUAUCACCCUGACAGAGACCAUCACACGACAUGGUACUUUUUGGUUAUUUUUUGGAGUGUGUGCUAUUGGGGCACUAUUUUCCGGAUACAGGGUAGCCAGCGUUAUGUCGUCUCCGCCUGGAAUUCCUCAGACUCAGGCUGUGAAUAAUGCAAUUAUUGGCGGCUCUACGGCAGCCCAACACCAUUUCCUCAUCCCAAGUCCCAUCCCAACACGACGCAGUCGUACAUUCUCUGCUUCUGAGCGAGCUAAGAGUGGACCAACUCACAGAGGAAAGGUGAAGGCUUUCUGCCGAGAGAAAGGUCAUGGUUUUAUUCAGCCGGAGGAUGAGAGUCAGCCUUUAUUUGUUCACAUUUCUGAUAUUGAGGGCGAAUAUGUCCCCAAAGAAGACGAUGAAGUAACAUUUAAGGAGAUCCUGAUCCCUCCACGUCAUGAGAAACGCCAAGCAGUACAUGUCCAAAUUACUCACCUUGCCCCAGGUGUGACCCAUGAGCGAUGGGAUUCCCCAGCAACUACUUGCAGUCCCAGCUCUUCUCCCAGCCAUGGCUCCAUCAAAGACCUCCACCUACCUCACUAA